CUGAAUGCCCAUAGUCUCAUUGGUUCGCUACUAGUUGGUGUAUGUUCUUAGGUGGCGUUUAAUGUAUUACACAGUAUUUGGUAUGUGCAAUAAUGUUGUGGUAAAAUUACAGAAUGGACACUUUAAAGAGACACUUGCCUAUUUCUGUGCCGGAAGGCUUAAAUGAACUUCAGAAAAUUGCGGUACGAUUUGAAGAGAAGAUAUAUAACGCAGCUACAAGCCAGUUACAGCUGCAGCCUUGCUCUAGUGUAUGUUCUGGAAAAUGUCCUUCGUGUUUGGCCUGGGGAACACAACAGACUGCUGAAACUGGCUACUGUUUUGUCAUCAAAUGAUUUAGUCACCAUGCACAUGCAGAUUUGUGAAGUAAUCAAGCCUGAUUAUCUGAGGAAAAUUUCUCUGAAAAUGCUUUCAAUAGAGACAAAGACUCAGCAUACUCCUCCAAUUAACUCUUCAAUGCCAAACACCACCAUUCCGAACCAAAAUCCUACAGAUCAAGUCGGCAAUCAAGGGCAAUCAUUAGCAAUUCCCAUGGUUAAUCCGUUUCCAGCCAGGCAACAACUUUUACCGCAAAACCUUCAAAAUAACACGUCAACUGCUGUGCAAAGUUCUGCCAACCUGCCUUCUGCGCUAUCAUCUAUCGCAGGUCUUGGUCAGUCCAAUAUAUCCAGUGUUGGUCAGACAUCCAACCUGCAGAACAUGCCUGGAAUAUCACAGAACUCUGUAAGUAAUUCUGUAGGGCAAGGUGCAGCACCAGAUAUUUAUGCCAAUGUGCAAAGGCAAAUGCAGGGAAGGCAGUACCAGCAGCACGUAACUUCCGAACAGCAGCAGCAAUCUCAGAAUCAGCUUAUUUACCAGCACCAGCUUCAACAACAGUUACUAAAACAGAAGUUGCAGCAUUGUUCACUCCUGCAACCGCAUAUGCAACAGCAGCAGCAGGAACAGUCUCUGUUGCGGCCAACGCAACUGCAAUCUUCUCAACAGUCUCUGAUACAAAUGCCAUCAGGUCUUCAGUCAGGUCAGUCGACUAUUCAGCAGACACAGCCUACAACAAUGCAGUCAGCAGUGCAACCUGUCUUUCAACAGAUUCAACUGAAUUCAAUCCAGCAAUCAGUACCAUCUUUGCUUCAGCAACAUCCACAAUCAGUUGCGAGACAACAGCAACAACAAGAAGCACAGCCUUCUAUUCAUCAACAAACACCUUCACUUCAGCGACAGCCAACUCCAGUUCCUCAGCAAUCAAAUUUACCAUUGCAGCAACAGAUAGUGGGGCAGCAAGCCGAUAUUUCAAAUACGCAGCAAGCGCAGCUGCUUGGACAACAAAGUAGUGUCCAAGACAUGCAACGGCCUUGGCAGCAGAGACGGCCAGUUCAGCAGAAUAGUCUCUUGGGCAUGCAACAGCCUCAGCAGAUGUUAAAUCAGCAAAGUAUUUAUUUACAUCAGGAGCAGCAGUUAGGCCCCCAAAUCAGCUUAUUAGGGCUGCAGCAACAGCAGCUGCAGCAGCAACAGCUACUUGGAUUCCUUGCUAAUGUUUCAAACGUGCAGCCACAUCAGCACUCGGUGCAUAUUUUGCAACAAUCUAAGAUGGUUACACAACAACAGCAGCAAACCCAGCAGACACCAUUGGCAUUGUUGCAACCACAAGGUCAAGAAUCCCAACAUCAGUCAUCACCACAGCAACUCAUUUCUCAAAUUCAAUCUGAGCCUGUACAGUUGCAACAACAAUUGGCAAUGCAACAACAACCAAAUUCCUUGCAGCAAGGGCUUCAAACUCCAAGUGCCUUGCUUCGGUCUCAGAAUGCAAUUGAGCAGCAGAAGCAUUUUAUCCAGGCACAAAGAGUGCUUCGAGAUGUCUCCUCCAAUACGUCAGUGGAUUCAAUAGCUCAAACAGGCGAUGCAGGUGUUGCUGAUCUGCAGGAGGAGAUCUAUCAGAAGAUAAAAUCCUGGAGGGAGAUGUACUUUACGGACCUCAAUGAGUUCUACCAAAAGGUCGCUUUGAAGUUGCAGCAGCAUGAUGCUCUCAUACCACCUGCAAAGCCGUCAGAACAGUUUGAAAAAAUGAAAACCUUUAAGACAAUGUUAGAGCGUACUUUAGUGAUUCUACAGAUUUCAAAGAAUAAUAUUCAACCUGGUUUGAAGGAAAAACUUCCUCUGUAUGAGAGACAAAUUCAUAAUGUUCUAGCUUCAACUAAAAAGAAAGGUAUACCAUCGCAAUCUCAGGGACAACAGCAAUUCCAGCAUCCUGGUGGGCUUGCUCACUCCAUGCCACAGCAACAACCAUCCCAAGUUUCUCAGCUGCAGCAGCAUGACAAAUUGACAAUCACCCAAACCAGGUGCAACAAAUGAAUUUACAAGUUUCAGCAACUUCAAUGCAGCCAUCUGCUGUGACCGGCAUGCAACAUGUAUCCAUGCCUUGACCAACAAACUUUGGUGUUCCAACGACACAGCAGAAUAUCACAAAUGCAUUACAGCCUGCUGCUAAUCUGGAUUCAGUACAAGGCAGUUCUUUUAAUUCAUUGCAGCAGGGUGCUGUGGGCUCCAAGCAACAAGGUGGUGUGGGAUCUGUGCCAAGUACCGUCAAUGCACCUCAACAGACCAACACCAAUACUCUAUCAAACAGCUCUAUGAAUACAUUACAACCUAAUGCUAGUCUUGUGCAACCAAGUUCUAACACAAUACAGCAGCAGUAUUUGAAGCAACAACAGCAGGAUCAACAACGGCAACUGAUGCAAAGAGAGCAAAUGAAGCAGCAAUUACAAGAUGUUCAUCAUCAUCAUCAUUUGGAUUCUUUCUUUUUCAUCUUUUUCUUCUUUAUCAUCUUGUUCGUCUUCAUAGUUUUCCUCUAGCUGAUAUAUCUAUUCUCUCUGAACAUCCUAAUUUGUCAGUACUGGUUCAGAAUACUGAAGCUAGUUGGGCUUGGGGAUGUUAUUCUCUCUUGUUUGUUAAUGCAAACUUAUGUUGUGUUUGGCAUCA